CUUGGGGUGGUCCUUUAAACUGUCGGAAUUUGGGAAGGUGCCUCAUUGUCAGUAGGGUCGUUCGUGUUUCCGCCAUUCUGAGACGGUCCCUAUGUUGCCGCCCUUUUUGGGAGGUCGUCAUGGCCGUCCGCCAUUUUGGGAAGGUCACUGACCCGCUGCCAUCUUGGGAUGGUGGCGCUUGCGCCAUUUUUGGAGUGGCAUAUCGGACUCGUGACGUAAGGGUAUCGAUUUGGUGACAUCAUCGGGGCGUGGCGUCACGGCGGGAGGCGGGGCCGCAGCCAGGCCCCGCCCGGGGGGGCCGGCCCGGUCCCGGUCCCGGUGGCGGCGGGCGGUGGCGGGGGCCAUGGCCAAGGCCUACGACCACCUCUUCAAGCUGCUGCUGAUCGGGGACAGCGGCGUGGGCAAGACCUGCCUCGUCAUCCGCUUCGCCGAGGACAACUUCAGCAGCACCUACAUCUCCACCAUCGGGAUCGACUUCAAGAUCCGCACUGUGGAUAUCGAUGGGAAAAAGAUCAAGCUGCAGGUCUGGGACACGGCGGGACAGGAGCGCUUCAAAACCAUCACCACGGCCUAUUACCGCGGAGCCGUGGGCAUCGUCCUGGUGUACGACAUCACGGACGAGAAAUCCUUCGAGAACAUCCAGAACUGGAUGAAAAGCAUCAAGGAGAACGCCUCGGCCGGGGUGGAGCGGCUCCUCCUGGGCAACAAGUGCGACAUGGAGGGGAGGAGGAAAGUGCAGCGGGAUGCGGCCGAGAAGCGCCAAGUCCAGCGAGAACGUGGAGGAGGCCUUCUGCACGCUGGCACGGGACAUCCUGCACAAAUCCUUCUGCAAAGCCCCCCCUGGCAACAGCAGCAGGGCCCUGCUGGAGCCCGGCCCACCCCGGAAGGCCGGCGGGAGAUGCUCCCUGGGGUAGGGGCUUGGGAGCUCCCCGAGACCCCCGGGGCAGCGCGGGCGCCUCUCCGGAGGGAUCUGGGGGGGAAUCUGGGGGGAUUUGGGGCUGCCCCCCUCUCUCCUUGUGCCAUAAAGCCCCGCUGUGCCUUGUCCCGGCUCCGGAGUCUCUUUGAUGGGGGUUUGGAGGGGGUGGAACGGGGUCGGGACCGGGAUUGGCGCUGAGACCGAGAUCGGGAUCGAGAUCAGGAUUGGAGAUGGGAUCGAGAUCAGGACCGGGACCGGGAUUGCGAUUAGGACCGGGAUCGGAGACCGGAUCGGGACCGGGACCAGGGACAGGAUCGCGGUCGGGACCGGGAUCGGCAUCGCGACCGGGAUCGGGAUCGGGAUUAGAGACGGGAUCGAGAUCGAAAUUGCGAUCGAGACCAGGACCGGGACCGGGACCGGGAUCGGAGACGGGGU